CAUUUUCCAAUUUAUCCACGAAAUGUAAUUUCCCUAUGCUGAAAAUAUACAUCACAUUGAGGGCUGUGUUUUCACAUUGUGGGUACCACUGUGGGCACCCAUUCGUCACCCAGUAUUUGACGUGACGUAGACCGAGGAGGCGCAGCGUCACCACCACGGAAUAGGCGUCUCCGCGUGCUGCCUGGAUACAGUUCUGGGUUAGAAGAUGCGGAGCGGCAUGAUGCGCCUGAUUUGACAAAUUGUAUAUUUUCUGAUAUCAUUGACGCACUUUUGUGGUCCUAUACUCAUAGCUUUAGCUGUCAAUGUCCACCAUUCGUUUUGGUCGUUUUUUAUUUUUACAUUUCAUACCAGUAUGUUCCCUUCGUGCUAUUCAAAGCCGACGAGUUCAAAGGACCUAUUCAAAAGGACUUAUCUGACAAAGAUAUUACUAGGAGUGUUCGUCGUGUAUAUGUCACACACCUGCUGGGUGAUUUAUGGCUUUGUGUACACCAAGCCUUGUGAGAGAGGUAAAGGAGACUGCAUUUCUUCCUACCUUGCAGAAAGACCCCGUCUCCAGCUCAGCAUUUUCUCCAGUUUGAGGCCUGACCACAGUGAACUCAACCUCAUCAUCAAGAUAGAUGACUUUGACAUACAUUCUAAAUUUGAAAGGGUGGUGAAUGUAUCCCUGCCGUUGGCAACACGUAACAACGGGACUCUGCACACAUUGGUUUAUGUACACAAGUUUGGAGUGUCUCCCUUGCAGGAUAACCGGCAGGUCCAUCAUGUUGCCCAGCUCAGCACCUACAUGAUGUCCCAAAAAAAUCUCAGCUCUGCUAAAGAGGUCCUCAAAAAACAUGCUGCCACUGCUCCUCGAGUAGUAGACAGACCCAUCUCUCACUGGAGGUCCCGUCUAACCCUAAACAUGAUGUCAGAGGACUUCACCUUCAACAGAGGGACCUUGCCAAGUGAUGUCCGGCGCUACAUGAGAGUAUAUUUUGUCUCGUGUUUUAGAUUUCAGGAUGAGAACAGGAUGGUAUAUCUCCCACUUUUACAUAUUGAUGAACUCAGCGUCAGGGUAAAGGACAUGAUGGAGAUUAACGGCUCCACAACCAAACUACCUCUUACAAUAUCCUACGAAGGCCUAUCGCUGAGGCAAUUCCGUCUCUGGAUCCACAUGCAGGAUGUAAUGUUUUCACUGAAACGUUUUGGGUUCACUGAGGUGAAUAUAGAUGAAAUCAAAGGUGUUCUUGUGGACAACAACUUGUACCUGUUAGCAUUGACUACCUUGGUGACCGCAUUCCAUUUCAUAUUUGAAUUCCUGGCCUUUAAAAAUGACAUAAGCUUUUGGAAGAAGAAGAAAAACAUGGUGGGCAUGUCUCGCAAAACAGUGCUGUGGAGAUGCUUUAGCACCAUAGUGAUUCUCCUGAAAAUGCUGGAGGAACGAAGCAGCUUGCUAGGUCUCAUUCCUGUUGGAAUAGGAACCACAAUUGAGGUAUGGAAGGUCAAACAGGUGUCCAAAAUACAGCUACAGUGGAGAACCUCUAGGUCUAUAGUUCAUGUUGGUAAAUUUGAUGAGUCAGAGAGAAAGACUAUACAACAUGACACACAGGCAAUGAAAUGCCUGUCUUAUUUAGUGUACCCUCUGUCUAUUAGUGGAGCCAUCUUCUCUCUGGUAUACCUGAGGUAUAAAAACUACUAUUCAUGGUUAAUCAACAGCCUUGUCAGUGGGAUUUAUGCUUUUGGAUUCCUCUCUAUGGCUCCUCAGCUGUUCAUUAACUUCAAGUUGAAGUCCGUGGGCCAUUUGCAAUGGAACGUAUUGAUGUAUAAAGCAGUCAAUACAUUCGUCAACGAUGCCUUUGCCUGUGUCUUCAGCACACACCCAUCCCACCAGCUGGGCUGCUUCAGGGAUGAGAUUCUGUUUCUCCUCUACCUUUACCAGAGGAGGCUUUACUCUACAAACAAGACCAGAUGUCGUGAGUAUGGAUCAUGCCACCACAACCACAGGAAACUCAAAGCCCAAUGAUGACUGAGGUCAUCACCAGAAAACAUGGUUGAAUGAAGGAAACAUACCUGCACAUGGUGGGGUUGUAAACAGCAUGGGAGGCUCUCUGAGGGUGCAUCAGGGUUUAUUAGAAGCCUUUAGUAAAGUUCAGAAUUAGUUUUGUAAGUAGAGAAUACAGCUGAUUUUCAGUCAACCCUGUGUUAACCACUGAUAUUUCCAUGUGUUAGAAGUUUGACCAACCCAUAUGUAGCCAACAGAAGCAUGAACCGUUUUUUAGUGAUACAUAUUGAUUACUGCAUUGUUAGGUUUGAGGCUAGCAAGAAAGGCAUUUUACUGUACUUGUGGACAUGACAUUAACACUUGAAAAAGGAGGCUGCCCCUCGCCCUGCCUGCACUGCUCCAUGUUACCAGAUAUAACCAGUAUGUAGCCUACUGAAGCAUAAAGCUGCCCCUUGCCCUGCCUGUACUGCUCCAUAUAGUCCACAAGGAGGCAGUGUUGUCAGCCCCUUGCUGUACUGUUUUCUGCUUGUUCUUUCAGUCCUCUACUUCCUGUUUGAGAAUAGUACAUGUAUAGAUGGGUGCUAAAGGGGAGGAAUGAGAAACAUGUACAAAAUAUGGAGUAAUGUGAAGUACAGUGAACUCCUGAUAAAUCCAAUGUCUUUGGACAGUCAUAUGUGAGAGCUAACCGGAACAUGCACAUAACCUGUAUCUAUCCAGGCUGUAUUUGAAAUGGGACGAUUGAGCUACAAUGCACUAAUGAGUUUUUUUGCACUUUGCAUACAAUGCGCACUUAUCAGGAAUCAACUGUACUUUUAAAUAAUGAAGAUACUGUAAGGUCUUUAAAAAUGAAGUAGGAAGCGUAGCCUGAUGUUUUUGAAUCACAUCCUUCUACCAGGGUUUAUGGAAUGACUUUCCUCUUUGAUUAAAUUAUUACAAUUAAAUGAUUUACCUGUA